AUGGCUGAAAUACAUCAGGCUUGGUCUAGGGGUCAGCCGGCGCCAGUUUAUCCCGCCAAUCCAGCCUAUAUUCCGCCUUUGGCUCAGUCUCAGGAGCCUCCUACUGUGAAUUCGUCUCCAGCUUUCCCAUCUUCCAGUGAGCCACUGUUUCAAGAUCACGACAGUCAGUACUAUCCUCCCGAGCCUACCUUUAAAGCUCCCGAGCCAUAUUCUUACACCCCUCACUUUGAGCUCCCGGUGGAAACUGAAAAGCCGCUUAAAAACCCGGAGCAGGAAGAGAUGAUUCGAAAAUUCCCCAGAGGGUUCAAAAUGCCAAAAUUCGAUCUGUAUAAUGGGCAUGGUGACCCGGUGGCCCACCUGAGGGGAUUCUGCAGCAAAAUGAGAGGGGCCGGUGGGAAAGAUGAAUUAUUGAUGGCGUACUUCAGCCAGAGUCUGAGUGGGUCUGCUUUGGAGUGGUAUACACGACAGGACCACGGUAGGUGGUAUACUUGGGACGACUUGGCACAAGCAUUCGCCUGCCAUUUUCAGUACAAUCUAGAAAUUGUUCCGGACCGCCUGUCAUUGAUAAAACUCGAGAAGAAGCCAGGGGAAAGUUUCAGGGAGUAUGGGUUCCGUUGGAGGGAGCAGGCUGCGAGAGUCGACCCUCCAAUGAGGGAAAGCGAAAUGGUGGAUUACUUUUUACAGGCUUUGGAGCCAACUUACUUUGGUCACCUGGUGACGGCAAUUGGAAAAUCUUUUAACGAAGUAGUGAAAAUGGGAGCUAUGGUCGAGGAAGGAUUGAAAUCCGGUAAAAUCAUGAGCUAUUCAGCGAUUAAAGCAACCACCCAGGCCAUCCAAAGCGGCACUGGGGGUGUGCUGGGAAAGAAGAAGAAAGAAGAGGUUGCAACAGUCGAAGCCGGAGCUUGGUCCAGAUCUAGAAGCCCUUCACCCUACUACCAACCCAGACCCCACCUCCCACAUUUCCCAUACACCCCAUAUGGUCCUCCACAACACUACUACUCACCGCCAGACCCACAUUUUUCCGUUCACCAUGCUCAAACUUAUACCCAGCCUCCGGCUCAUGCGCAAUGGCGUGCACCGGCUCCCCAAAACACAUACCCACCUCCACAAAACACAUAUCCACCCCCAAGGGCUUACAGAAAUCCUCCAGGAUCUGGUUUCGGUGGGAAUCAAGCCUUCCGGAAUGAAAGGGUACAGAAGCAGAAAAUAUUCACUCCGCUGGGGGAGUCAUAUACCAGUCUUUUUCACAAAUUGAGGCAGCUGGGCCUGUUGAACCCGAUAGAGCCUAAAGUGCCCAAUCCCCAUCCUAGAAAUCUGGAUCAGUCAGUGAGUUGUGAAUACUGUUCGGGGGCUCCCGGACAUGAUACUGAGAAAUGUUGGAAAUUGAAGACUGUUGUGCAAGAGCUUAUUGACACUAACCAAAUUGAGGUUCAGGCCCCAGAGGCACCAAACAUUAACCAGAAUCCGCUGCCAGCUCACCACGAGGCUCAUGUGAUCGAAUUGAUGCAUAGGGGAGGAAAGCCUAAGAAACCUUCGCAGAAGUUCUUUUUAUGCUGA